AUGUCGAUUACACACCGGAGGUUGUCGGCCCACCAGCGAAGCAACUGGUACUUGAUCGGGUGGGGGGCGGUUUGGUUUUGUGCAACGCCCUCGCAGCAGGAAGAGGCGGUUGAAAAGAGAAGGAAUUCCCUAGGAGGAGAGACCAUUACAUUUCUGUCUUCCACGGGCAGAGAAGAAUGGCAAAAAACAAUUCUAAGGAUAUUCACGACGCGUUUAGCAGAAUUUGAUCAGAACGGGAAAGUGACGCCUGAAAGCAGUAAACGGAUGUGUAUUAUCAAGAAAGAUGAAUGGGCCUUUACUGAAGGAAGAUUGUUGAUCCCUUCGCCCACCUUUACAUAUGCGAUU